AUGGCUGGAAAAUUGAAAAUCCAUGGAAGGCUUUUAUGUAAUAUGUGGUUGCAUCUUUUGUGCUCCUCUUUGCUGCUCAUCACAACAGAAAUAAUAGUUUCCACAGCAGAAGACACAAGCACAUUUCAGUCCAUUGCAGAUGGUGAGACCGUAGUUUCAACAGGGGGAACCUUUGAGCUUGGAUUCUUCAGCGCCGGUGCUUCAAAAAGCCGGUACGUGGCGAUAUGGUACAAGAAGAUACCGGUUGCCACCAUUGUAUGGAUUGCCAACAGAGACACACCCCUCACAGGUUCAUCAGGUGUACUCAAGGUAAGCAGCCCUGGAUUUCUUGUCCUUGUUGACCAAAAGAACACUACAGUUUGGUCUUCCAACACAUCAAGUUCUGCACAGAAUCCAGUGGGAAAACUUUUGGAUUCGGGAAAUCUUGUUGUGAUAGAUGGCAAUGAUCAUAAUGACACUGAGAAAUAUUUAUGGCAGAGUUUUGAUUACCCAGGUGAUACAUUACUACCGGGUAUGAAGCUUGGUAGGAACAAAAUCACAGGUUUCAAUUGGCAUCUUACACCAUGGAAAAGCCCCCAGGAUCCUUCUCCCGGAAAUUAUACAUAUCAGCUUGGUCCUGAUGGAUACCAUGAAUUAAUUGUGAGGGAGGGUUCUGUUAUAAAGUAUCGGACUGGACCAUGGAAUGGAAUCCAAUUUAGUGGGAUGCAUAAUUUAAAUUCAGACCAUACAAACACAUAUGGUUUUGUGUUGGAUGAUGAUGAAGAAGUAUAUUAUGGUUACAAGCUUCUCAACAGUUCAGUUCUUUCAAGGCUGGCUUUAACUCAAGAUGGGUUUCUGCAUAGCUACACCUGGAGUGAUGAAACCCAAGGUUGGGUCCUUUACCUAACAGCACAGGUUGAUAUCUGUGACAGCUAUGGACUAUGUGGUCCAAAUGGUGCAUGCAGUGUUGAAAACUCCCCAGUAUGUGGCUGCUUGGAAGGAUUUACACCUAACUUUCGACAAGACCGGGACUUGGUGGAUUGGUCAUAUGGCUGUGUGAGAAAGACUCCACUGAGUUGCACUGGAGACAUCUUUAAGAAGUACUCUGGGAUGAAAUUGCCAAAUACAGAACAAUCCUGGUAUAACUCAAGUAUGAACCUCAAGGAAUGUGAGAUGAUGUGCAUGAACAGCUUCUGCUCCUGCACUGCUUUUGCGAAUUUGGAUGUCCGGGAUGGAGGAAGGGGGUGCUUGCUGUGGUUCAGCGACCUGAUUGAUAUAAGAUAUUCCACUGGAAAUGGGCAAGAUGUUUAUGUAAGAAUGGCUGCAUCGAAACAAGAUCAAGGAAGCAAUACAGACACCAAUGCUAAAACCUCUAAAUCCAAUGUGAAAAAAGUGAGAAUCAUAGUAAUCAGUACUGUGUUGUCUACUGUACUGCUGAUCCUGGGGCUAACAUUGCUAUUAUAUGUGUGGAAGAAGCAGCACCAAAAAGAUGGUAGUUUGGUUUCAGUUUCAGUUCCAGGUUACUUUAUUUACUUCACUGAAUACUUCACAGGAAAACCGAGGCCCAGCCAAAAGGAAGAUAUGGAAUUACCAUUAUUUGACUUGGCUGCUAUUGUUUGUGCAACCAAUAGCUUUUCAAACGACAGAAAACUUGGAGAAGGCGGUUUCGGAUCAGUCUUUAAGGGUACACUGAAAGAUGGACAAGAAAUGGCUGUGAAAAGGCUCUCAAAACAUUCUACACAAGGACUCAAUGAGUUGAAGAAUGAGGUUACGCAUAUUGCCAAACUUCAGCACAGGAAUCUAGUGAAGCUUUUAGGAUGCUGCAUUCAAGAAGAUGAAAUGAUGCUGAUCUACGAGUUCAUGCCUAACAAAAGCUUAGACUUAUUUAUUUUUGGUUUGACCACUCAAAAACCUUCUUCAUUAGUUCACUUCUUUGUUGGUUUGCAAGAUCAAAGAAAAAGCAUGAUGCUAGAUUGGCCCAAGCGCUUUGACAUUAUUAAUGGAAUUGCUCGGGGGCUCCUCUAUCUUCAUCAGGAUUCUAGACUGAGAGUAAUUCAUAGAGAUCUGAAAGCCAGUAAUGUUUUAUUAGACCGUGGAUUUAACCCAAAAAUCUCAGACUUUGGCCUGGCAAGAAGUUUUGCAGAAAAUGAAACAAAUGCAAAAACCAAGAAAGUGGUUGGAACAUAUGGUUACAUGUCCCCAGAAUACGCAAUUGAUGGGUUCUACUCGACAAAAUCUGACGUCUAUAGCUUUGGUGUGUUGGUGCUAGAGAUAGUGAGUGGGAAGAGAAACAGAGGAUUCACUCAUCCAGGCCACAGCCUCAACCUUCUUGGACAUGCAUGGAAGCUAUACACAGAAGGCAGGUCCAUUGAAGUGCUUGAUACAUCAGUAGGAGACUCCAGUGAUCCACAUGAAGUUUUGAGAUCAAUUCAUGUAGGUCUUUUAUGUGUGCAGCGUAACCAGGCAGAUAGACCGAGCAUGCCAGCUGCAGUUCUAAUGUUGAGUGGUGAAGGGUCAUUGCCUCAACCUCAAAAACCUGGUUUUUAUAGUGAAAGGGAUCUCAAUGAACUCGAAGUCGAUCCUUCUUCUAAAACAUUUUCAGCUAAUGAAGUCACUUUUACACUAAUGGAGGCUCGAUAA